AUGGACUCGAUCAUUUCAGCUGAGAUUCCGGAUAAGGUUACUGACUUGGUAUAUUAUAUAGCUGUUGAAGAAUUCAUGGUUCAUGGAUCUUGCGGACACACUAAAAGGAAUUCACCGUGUAUGGUAAAUGAUAAGUGCUCUAAACAUUUCCCCAAGAGAUUCAUUGAUUCAUCUCAGUUUGAUCAAGAUGGGUACCCGUUGUACCAUAGACGAAAUGACAAUAGAAUGGUAAAAAAGAGUGGAAUAGAGCUUGAUAACAGGUAUAUUGUACCUCAUAAUCGAUAUCUACUACUGAAGUACAAAGCCCACAUUAAUGUUGAAUGGUGCUACCAAUCACAAUCAAUCAAGUAUUUGUUCAAAUACGUCAACAAAGGUAAUGACCGGGUUACAGCUGAGUUUUAUAAGACCACAACUGAUGAUAGCGGUAAUGAAGUUGUAGAUGAAAUCAACAUGUACUACGAUUGCCGCUACAUUUCAGCUUGUGAGGCAAUGUGGCGCUUACUUAGUUUUGAGGUACAGUAUCGCACACCACUUGUUGAGAGGCUAAGCUUUCACUUACCGGAUUGCCAAUCAGUUGUUUUUCAAGACGAUGAUAACAUUAAUCACGUUUUGAAUAGGGAAUCAGUUGCGCAAAGUAUGUUCAAUGGAUGGUUUGUAGCAAACCAAAAGUACCCACAACUUAAACAGUUAAGUUACAUAGAGAUGCCUACAAAAUUUGUUUGGAAAAAGGACAUUCGUGAAUGGCAUCCAAGAAAGAAGGGUUUCGCCAUCGGUCGAAUAUUCUAUGUUCCACCAGCAUCUGGUGAGUUAUAUUAUUUGAGGUGCUUAUUGAACAUAGUACGUGGGCCCGAAACUUUUGAAGAUAUUAGGACACAUAAUGGAGUGGAGUAUGGUACAUUUAGGGAUGCAUGUUAUGCUCAAGGCAUGUUGGAUGACAAUAAAGAGUACAUUGAUGCUAUAGUAGAAGCAAGCUUUUGGUCAACUGCUCAUUCAUUAAGGAAGUUGUUUGUAGUGCUUUUGACAUCGAGUUGUAUCAUUAGGCCAGAAUAUGUUUGGAAUGAGGUGUGGAAACAUUUGUGUGAGGAUGCUCAACAUGUUCAGAGAAGGAUUCUACAACAACCCGAAUUGUUCUUAACUGAAGAAGAAAAGAAGAACUUUGGGCUAAUUGAGUUGGAGAAAUUGUUGGAACAACAGAAUAAGUCUUUAAAGGACUACCACCCGAUGCCGAUCCCAGAAAUGGUUAACUCUACAUUGGUACGUAAUCGAUUAUUGUAUGAAGAAUUAUCAUAUGAUCGUGAGUUUUUAAAAAAGGAGGCUCAAGAGUUGUGUGGUAAGUUGACGGAAGAGCAAAGAUCGAUUUACAAUACUGUGCUAGACGACGUUUCCAGUCACCUGGGUGGUUUGUUUUUUGUUUAUGGUUACGGUGGUACUGGGAAAACAUUCAUGUGGCGAGCAUUAUCAUCUACAUUGCUUUCAAAGGGCCAGAUUGUUUUGAAUGUUGCAUCAAGUGGUAUAGCUUCGUUGUUAUUGCAUGGUGGACGAACUGCACACUCAAGUUGCAGGGUUAUGAAGCUAACACAGAAUUUGCGUCUAAGCAAUGUCGAAAACCACGACGAGCGCCGUGCCGCCAAACAGUUUGCAGAUUGGAUUGCUGCAAUAGGUGAUGGAAAGAUUGGUGGCCAUAAUGAUGGUUAUGCUGAAGUAGAAAUACCUAGGGAUAUGUUACUACCUACCAAUGGUGACCAUAUUGCAACCAUUGUUCGGAGUACAUUUCCAAUGUUUGCAAAUGGUAAUUCUAAUGCGAGUUAUCUUCAAGGCCGUGCUAUUCUGGCACCUACACUAGAUGUAGUGAACUCAGUUAAUGAGUAUAUGAGUGACAUGCAUAUUGCUGAAAGUAAAACAUAUUUUAGUUGCGACACAAUAUGCAAAGCGGAUGCAGGUAGUGGAAUAAUGGGUGAUGUCCACACACCUGAGUUUUUGAACAGUAUUAGAGCUUCAGGUAUCCCAAACCAUGCAUUGACUAUAAAAAUUGGUUCCCCAGUAAUGUUAUUAAGAAAUAUUGAUCACUCAGUUGGAUUGUGUAAUGGUACGCGGUUGGUAAUCACAAAGUUAGCAGACCGUGUAAUUGAAGCUGAAUUAAUAGAUGGUGCUAACAAAGGUGAAAAAGUGUUGAUACCUAGAAUGUCGAUGUCACCCUCAGACACAAGAUUACCAUUCAAGUUUCAACGACGACAAUUCCCACUAAUGUUAGCAUAUGCAAUGACUAUUAACAAAAGUCAAGGUCAAACACUGUCACAAGUAGGUUUGCUUAUAAAAAAAACCGGUUUUUGUGCAUGGUCAAUUGUACGUUGCUGCAUCUCGAGUUAA